AUGAGUUUGUUUACUAUCGGGCGGGAUCGCGACGGCGCGUACGAGACAGGCGGGUGGGUGUUCGCUGGUAACUUACGGCGGAUGCCCCAGUCCAUGUCGGCGGCGUACGGCGCGCGGCGCGGCGUCUACCAGCCGACUGCCGCCACCCGCGCUCCCGGCUCCCGCACGCUCAUGCACUUGCCCGAGCAUUGUCCGCGCUUGGACUCCCCGGCUCCCCGCGCCAACUCCAUUCGGUAA